AUGAGCAAAAGAGUACCUCUAAUUUCAAAAGAAGAUGACUUUAAUGUGGCAGGAUCGGUUUCAAAUGAACUCAGGAUUGUUCUGGUGGGUAAAACUGGAUCAGGAAAGAGUUCAACAGGAAACACCAUCCUGAAUCUACAGUAUUUUAAAAAGGAUGUCUCACCAGAGUCAGUUACUACAACCAGUGAGAGACAUGAUGUAAAGACUGAUGACCGGAUCAUCUCAGUCAUCGACACUCCAGGCUUGUUUGAUACAAGAAUGACAAAACCGGAAAUUAAGAAUGAAAUAAGGAAGUGUGUCUACAUGUCUGUUCCUGGUCCUCAUGCAUUUCUGCUGGCCAUCAAAGUGGGGAGGUUCACAGAUGAAGAGAAGAGUGCAGUCAAAUGGAUUCAGGAGAACUUUGGAGAAGAAGCUGCAUGUUACACCAUCAUUCUGUUCACUCACACAGAUGCACUAGAGGAGAAACCAUUAGAUGGGUAUAUCAGAGAAAGUAAUGAUCUCAAGGCUCUUGUUAAUGAGUGUGGUGGCAGAUUUCACUCAAUCAACAAUAAAGACAUUGAGAACCGCUCUCAGGUCACAGAACUGCUGAAGAAGAUUGAGAAGAUGGUGGAGAAGAAUGGAGGACAACAUUACACUGAUGAGAUGUUUCAGCAAGCUCAGAGAAGGAUACUUGAUAGAGUACAAUUCUGGUCAGAGAAACCUCGUAUUGUGCUGCUGGGUAAAACUGGAUCAGGAAAGACCAGAGUGGUGGAAACCAUCCUGGGCAGAGAGAGGAGAAAUUCACCAAAUCCGGAACCCUUUGAAGUACAUGAAGCAAAUGUGGAUAAAAAGAGCAUGCAAAUAAUUGACACUCCAGGACUGAUUGAUGCAUCAAAAGAGAAGAUGAAAAAAGAUGAAAUAGAGAAGUUUGUCUGGAUGUCUGCUCCUGGUCCUCAUGUGUUUCUGCUGGUCAUCAGACUGGACACGAGAUUCACAGACGAAAAGAAAAACACAGAGAAAUGGAUUCAGGAGAACAUUGGAGAAGAUGCAGUACAUUACACCAUCAUUCUGUUCACUCACGCAGAUGCACUAGAGGAGAAACCAUUAGAUGAGUAUAUCAGAGAAAGUAAUGAUCUCAAGGCUCUUGUUAAUGAGUGUGGUGGCAGAUUUCACUCAAUCAACAAUAAAGACAUUGAGAACCGCUCUCAGGUCACAGAGCUGCUGGAGAAGAUUGAAAACAUGGCAGAAGGAAAUGGAUGGAGAUACUACACAAAUCAGAUGUUUAAAGAAAUUCUCAGCAGAAAAGAACGUAGACUACGUAAGGUUUCAGUAGCAAUUGGAUCAGCAGGAGUAGCAGCCAUAAUAACAGGUGGUGCUGUUCUGGGAGCAACAACAUUGGUCAUUGCACCGGCACUAGUUCUUGCAGGAGGAGGUCUAGCUGUAGCUGGAGGAAUAGCAAUUUAUAAAAAGUUUUCAAAGAAAGAUUAG